AUGGCCCGCAACAGCGAAAAAGCACAGUCGAUGCUUUUCCGCUUUCGUGCCGCCCAAGCCGCCGACCUCGGAAUCCUUGACAUCGGCCGCACCCGCCGCCCCAAAGCCAUCACCUCCGUCGACUCCAUACCCAUCUGCGAGAAGUGGCGCGGCCAAGUCCUCAAAGAGAUCUCGCGCAAAGUCACGCGCAUCCAAGACCAGAGCCUGAGCGAUUACCAAAUUCGCGAUCUAAAUGAUGAGAUCAAUAAAUUGAUGCGGGAGAAGUGGAUGUGGGAGGUGCAGAUACGGAAUCUAGGCGGCCCGAAUUAUACGCGUGGGGGAGGCAGGGUGUAUGACGAAGAUGGGAGGGAGAUACCGGGUGGCGGGAAGGGGUAUAGGUAUUUUGGGAGGGCGCGGGAGCUGCCAGGUGUGAAGGAGAUGUUUGAGGCUGCGACGAGGAAGAGGGGUGCGGAUGAGCUGGAAGAUUCGGGUGGGGGGCAGAAUGAGAUGCUGCGGAAACAUGUUGAUGCGGCGUAUUUUGGAUACGGGCUCGAUGAAGAGGACGGUACGCUGCUUGCAUAUGAGAGUAAGAAGGAGAAAGAGGCAUUCUCGAAUAUGUUGAAAAGAGGCGAUGGGCCUGUAGAGGAAGGCUGGCAACCUCUUCCAGGCGAUGGAGGGGAUGGUGUCGGAUGGAGAUUGCCUACGCUAGACGAAGUCCAGGAGGAGCUGGUGGACCGGCGAAGGCGAAGGUUACUUGAUAAGAUACUAUAA